GUGCGGUGAGAAGUUUCAGUUUAAAGGCUAUGGUACUCGACAACAUUUUAUCUUCUCCUCAUCGUAGAUCACCGUCGUUCCGGAAACAAUUCCCACGGGAUGAGUUGGGUAGUUUGUCAACACUCAUUCAAAGGCACCGUUUUCUCUUAACAGCUUUGGUUCUUUUGGCUUUCCUAUGCACCAUAUACCUAUAUUUUGCUGUUACUUUAGGGGCCACUGGAUCAUGUUCUGGAUUGAUGGGAAAAGAGAAAGCAUUGUGUCGCAUAGAGCUGGCAAAGUCUUCGGUGAAGGGAAAAAUGAAAUUUCUCUAGCACAUAAACUGCACUUUGAUUGGUGGUGCUCUCUUGAUUCUUUCACAAUUUGAGGGGAUGCUUUUGUUUGUUGUUGGUUACUAUAUACAUGAUGUGUACUGAAUCUGUCUUGGAAAAGCUUAAUCACAUUGAAUCUUUCAUUCUUAGUGUGAAGAUUAUGUAAUAGGGGAUUUUUGCCCCUCAUGGUUAAAAUACUUCUUCCGACAUUUUCAUUACUUUUGGUAGAAUAUUUUUGCCAUGUAGGAUUUACAUCAAACAAGUAACUUAGAAUACAACUACAUUAUUUUUAUUUUGGAUAAA